UUCGCCCGUGAAUCCUUUAGACCUUUGGCCGGUACCGUUGACAGAUUCACCGGGGCGGUGAGCGGCCACGUACGAGCGUGGCCCCGCCGCUCGCUGUCGCAUCCCGUCCUUUCUAAAAAGCGACGACGAGAGACGAGGAGAAAAGAAGCGCUCGGCAUUUGCUUGCUCCUGGCUGCUCACAGUUUACUCUCCACGAAGCCAGCAGCUAGUCAAUCAAAGUCUCCGGUGGCAUCCAAUCCAGAUCCAGUCCACGCACGCAGAACGACUCAUGGCGGCGGCGGCGGCGGCGGUGCGAACGAUCGUGUGCGAGGCGGCGCCGCUGCAGAGGCCGCAGCAGCAGCCGAGGCGGGAGCGGGACGGCGGCGCGGGGAAGAUCGUGCUGCAGCCCCGCCUCUGCACGCUCCGGUCGUACGGCGCCCCGGGAAGCGGCGCCGCCGUGACGCGGAGGCGGCUGCCGGGGGAAGGGGAUGACAUGGAGGUCGCGUCCGGCGGCGCGCCGUUCUUCGCGUCCCUGGCCGACUACAUCGACAGCUCCCGCAAGAGCCAGGACUUCGAGACCAUCUCCGGCCGCCUCGCCAUGGUCGCGUUUGCGGCGGCGGUGGCGGUGGAGGCGACGACGGGGGACUCGCUGUUCAGGAAGCUGGACGCGGUGGAGAUCGAGGAGGCGGCGGGGGUGUGCCUGGCCGUGGUGGCCUCCGCCGCCACGUUCGCGUGGGUCUCCAGCGCGCGGGGCCGGAUCGGGCGGAUGCUCACCCUGGGAUGCAACUCCUUCGUCGACGCGCUCAUCGACAACGUCGUCGACGCCCUCUUCUCCGACGGCCAGCUCCAGGACUGGUCCGACGACGUCUGACCGCUGCACACAUGUACUCCAUGGAUGAUACCAUGAUACUGAUACUAGUACUAGACGACGAUGUAUAGAAGAAGUAGAUCGAUAGCGUUAAGUUGUUGUUAAGAGAGAGCUUUGCGUUUCACAAGUUUGAUUCAUCGCUGCUGCGCAGAAGCAGGGGAUGUGGCUCUGUAUUUCUUCAGAAAUGGAUGCCAUGCAUGGGCAGCAUGGCUAUGCUGCAGAGCUCCAGUCAUCUGAGAUUGUAGCUUUGCAAUCUGCAUGGGAAUUAGUUUGGCUUCUGAAUGGACAUGGAGAACUAUUGUUCUCGUGUAACCAAGGGCGUCCUGCAAGGCUGUGAAAUGUAUAGAUCUCUGCAACGAUAAAUAACAGUAGUAUACUGGCCAGUAGUCCCUUAAAUUAUUAACUGUGUGAGCUACUGAGAUUGUAAACUAGAGACAAGCAUGUAAGGGUAACUAGUAGGAUCAUGUAUUUUCUCAUGAAUGAAAUCUGGAGUCUUCAGAGUACGGUAAAUA